AUGGCAAAAACAAAAUCCGAUGAAGAGGCGGCCACUUCCGCCAAGAAUCUGAGGUCGGCAAAGAGUGCGAGGCAGUCGACAAAGUCUCAAUGGUCGAGUUUUGUUCCGCAAGGGAUCUUCAGUACGUUCUCGCAUUAUGACCUCGCCUUGCAUGCGGUGGCGGAGACCCAGGAAGGCGCUCAUUCACGCAUGGUGUUCAACAACAUGUCCCUGCGAGAUGUCGGGGAUGACGCACGUCAGGAAAGCUGCGUCCAGCGAAUUGUCCAUUCAAGCGCUUUCGACCUUCUCUGUGCCGUCGCUGUCAUGACGAAUUCGAUCUUCAUUGGCAUCGAAGUGCAGCUUAGCCUGUCGGCAGACAAUGACGUCGCGACAAGCAUCCAAGUCAUUCAAUAUGUGUAUGCCGCCUGGUUUUUCCUCGAGCUGGCCAUGCGCAUUUGGGCAGAUGGGUGCCGCAUCUUCUGCGGUUCGGACUGGAUGUGGAGCCUCCUCGAUCUCCUCGUUGUGUCCAUCUCCCUCUGGGAGGUCGUUGCCGAUAUCAUCUACGCUGUGGACAGCAACGACAUAAGUGGCAAUGCGGACGGAGUCACCGGUCUCAAAGCUCUACGCAUUGUCCGGAUCACGCGAAUCUUGAAGGUUGUUCGACUCAUGCGCGUAUUUCGCUUUGUGCUGGCGUUCCGAACCCUCAUCACGUCGAUCGCUUUUACGCUGAAGUCGCUCUUUUGGGCUCUCAUGCUGCUGUUGCUGAUUGUAUAUGUUUUUGCUGUGCUCUUUUGCCAGGCAGUGAACGAUUAUAUCGCGGACUCUGCGAACCCAGAGCUUCCAGAAUAUGAGCUCCGAAUGUGCGAAAAGUACUUCGGAUCUGUCAGCGAUACCAUGAUCAGCUUGUUCAUGAGCAUCGCAGCUGGAGUCAGCUGGGAAAACGUCAUCGCGCCCCUGAGACUAAUCUCUGGCAUGUGGGCGCUUGUGUUCAUCUUGUACGUGUCGUUCACGUAUUUCGCAGUUCUCAAUGUGGUGACAGGGGUGUUCUGCCAAUCAGCGAUUGAAAGCGCACAGAAUGACCAUGCGACCAUGGUUCAGUCAAUUCUGAAGAACAAGGAGGCCCACAUCGCCAAGAUCCAUGGCUUGUUCAGCCAGCUCGGCACGGAGAACACGGGAGUGAUCACUUUUGCCAACUUUAACGAGAAGAUCAACACGCCCCAGGUCAGGGCCUAUUUCGAACUCCUCGGCUUGGACGUCUGGGAUGCUUGGUCUUUCUUCAAGCUCUUGGACUUGGAUGAUAGUGGAGAUGUCGCGGUGGAGGAGUUUCUUAUGGGCUGCCUGCGCACGCGCGGCUAUGCCAAGGGCAUUGACGUUGGCAAGCUGAUCCACGAUCAGAACUGGCUCAUGCGCAACCAGGGGAAGUUCUACACUUUCGUCGAAAAGGAGAUGGCCCAGUUGCAGAAGCAGAUCAAAGACCUUAAAGGUGUGUGCCAAAAUUUGGCAAAUGAUGCUUCAGCGGGCUAUACAACUGCAGUGUUGGGUGCCCGGCCAAUGGCCAAGCACAACACGACUUACUUGCCCUAG